CGCUUGAUCUUCUUUACUAGUGCUUUGGGAUGCUUCACUGCCAUGUGGCGGGUGCUGCAACUCCUAGCACACGGCGGCCUUGGUUUCGUUCUGCAAGGCGAGGUGCAGGUUCCAAGGCGCGUGGAUGGCGUCGGGUUCUUCGUGGGCCACGACGCCAGCAUUGCUGUGAGCUCCGGCGGUCGCAUCUCGUGCGUCUUGGAGUUGGAGCGCCUCUUCCGGGAGCGCUACUUCCGCUUCCCAAGAAACUUCCAGCGAUUCGGCCAAGUGCUCGCGGGCUCCUUGACCGUCUUGAGGCAGCGUUGUGACACCCCCAGGCGAUUCGCGAUUGGGGUCAUCGUGCUGGGUAUAGACGCGCCGUUCUGGGAGUACAUCCCUUCGCUGAUCCGGGACUCGAAGGUCAUAGAAGUGGACCAGUGGGAGUUCGUGGAUCAUCACAAGGCCCACGCGGCCCUGGGAUUUUAUGCCUCGCCCUUCCGUUCUGCCUUGGUGGUGUCUUAUGAUGGCGGGGGCAAUGAUGGAUCCUUCAACGCCUUUGUGGCAAGGGCUGGUCAAAUUGAGCACAUUGGGACUCUGCAGUACAACUUUGGGGAUAUGUACAUGCACCUGGCUGAGCUUUUGCCUGAGGUGUCGGGCAAGGCUAUCACCGAGCAGUGCCGCCAGAAUCGCAAAGGGAUGCACUGGUCCAAGUUUAUGCUAGGUGAGAAGCGCGCAAUUCUCUCUCUUUCUGGCAAGCUCAUGGGCUAUUCCGGCAUCAAGGAGUCAAACCCCAAGCUGAAUGAAGUCGUGAAGGAACUCUUCAAGCAUUCAGGGAGCUUUUUCUCCGCAGAUGCUCGUGUUCCCUUCGCGUUGCUGCGAAGUGCAUGUAACUCCACCGAAGACCAGCAGACUCUGGCAGCGUCAAUUCAGGUGGGUUUUGAGGAGGUGGCUCGAGAUGUCAUCCUGGCGCUGUUGAAAGAGGUGGGCUCAGAAAACGUGGAUGGCCUGGUGCUCACGGGAGGCUGCGCACUGAACGUGUUAGCCAACCAGAAGAUUCACGACUUGGAGGACAUACGCCUCUACGUGCCGCCUGCGCCCAACGACUGCGGCCUGGCGGCUGGAGGCUUGUGGACCAUUUCGCCGCCCCCGAAGCAGCAGCCGUUGCAGUACCUAGGCUUCCGGCUCUGGGACGAGGACAUGCUCGAGCGCGUGGCCUUUGCGCGCCGCGCCGUGCGCCUCAGCGCCUUGGGCGGCGUGGACUUCCUGGCGGAGUUGCUUGCAGGGGGCGUGGCUUGGCAGCGUCUCAACGCCAACCACAGCCGACCCAUCGUGGCCGUGGUGCGGGGCCGCCAGGAGUUCGGUCCCCGGGCCCUGGGGCACCGGUCCCUGCUGGCCGUGCCGGACGCCACCAUGCGUGAGCGCAUGAACCGCCUCAAGGCGCGGCAGUGGUAUCGGCCCGUGGCGCCGAUGAUCGCAAAGGAGGACCUGGCGAAGGUCUUCGGGCGCGAGGUGGCGUCGCCCUACAUGACGAUGGCCCCCCGUGUGGUGGAGGAGAUCCGCGCGCGCUUCCCGGCGCUGGCGCAUUUGGACGGCACGGCGCGGCAUCAGUCGGUGAGCGCCUCGGAGGAGCCCUGGAUCCACGCGCUGCUGGUGGCCGUGGGGCGCCUGGUGGGCCUCGCGGCGUUGAUCAACACCUCCUUCAACACCAAGGGCUUUCCCAUCGUGAACACCGUGAGGGAGAGCCUGGAGAUGUUGGACAAGCUGCCGGACCUGGACUUCGUGGUGAUUGAGGACUGGCUCUUUCCCAAGAGGACGUUCCCGUCGCCCUUCGCCGAAAAGUGCUUCGUGCCAGAGACAGGGGCUUCGCUUGGAGAGGCAUGCGCUUGUCAAUUUGGGAGCAGGGCAACAGGCGUGUUCCAGGAAUCAAUCCGCCUUGAUUUUGGUGCGAUCUUUUCGGGAAUGCAAGUGCAAAUGGUAUGGCGUGUGCUGGGAAAGCUUCUGAAGUUUCAUAGUAUGCGUGCGAACGAUUCAAGCAGCACAUGA